AUGGAGAGCACGCGUAACGCAGAUCAUCGUAGACAGAACUACAAGAAUAAAAGCAGUCUACGUGCUGAUGAUCUAAGAAGACGUCGAGAAGAGCAACAGGUUGAAAUUCGCCGCCAGAAACGUGAGGAAAACAUCUCAAAGCGUCGCAAUCUAGAUCUCGCAGAAGGUCCCGAGUCAGAUGAAGAAGGCCCCAACAAUCUAUCCCCCGAGUUAGUUCAGGCUGUCUUCUCCGAUGAUCCUACUAGGCAGAUUGAAGCAACUACUAAACUGAGGAAAUUACUCUCGAAGGAGGAUAACCCUCCAAUCGACCGCAUCAUCCAAAGCGGAGUGGUGCCACGAUUCGUGGAAUUCCUUGCUGGUCCUCAUCCCGCACUUCAGUUCGAGGCCGCGUGGGCAUUGACCAACAUCGCGUCGGGUACUGGGGAGCAUACUAUGGUCGUUAUUAAUGCUGGAGCUGUUCCUCACUUCAUCAACUUGCUUUCGUCUCCGGUCCUUGACGUUCGCGAACAGGCUGUAUGGGCACUCGGCAAUAUUGCUGGGGAUAGUCCUGCAUGCCGUGAUUAUGUUGUCCAAGCGGGUGCCUUGCGACCGCUCCUGGCUCUACUCUCUGAGAACCACAAACUUAGUAUGCUCCGUAAUGCAACAUGGACCUUGAGCAAUUUCUGCCGGGGGAAGCAGCCGCAGCCCGACUGGGAGUUGAUCUCACCCGCCCUGACUGCCUUGAGCAAAUUAAUCCACUCUCCAGACGAUGAGGUCUUGAUUGAUGCUUGCUGGGCUAUAUCCUAUUUAUCAGAUGGGUCAAACGAUAAAAUUCAAGCUGUCAUUGAUGCUGGCGUAGUUCGUCGGUUAGUUGAGCUCUUGUCGCACAAGUCCAGCUCGGUCCAAACUCCCGCCUUGCGAUCUGUCGGAAAUCUGGUGACUGGUGACGAUCUCCAAACACAAGUGGUCAUAACAGCUGGAGCUUUACCUGCUCUGCUGAGCCUUCUCUCUUCUCCGAAGGACGCAAUUCGGAAAGAAGCUUGCUGGACAAUCUCAAAUAUUACUGCCGGCUCUCCAAUUCAAAUCCAAGCCGUUAUAGAAGCUAAUUUGGUUCCACCUUUAAUCAAUAUUUUGGCCAAUUCACCGGACUUCAAAACGCGCAAGGAGGCUUGCUGGGCAAUCUCAAAUGCCACAUCAGGCGGCCUACAAGAGCCCCAACAAAUUCGCUAUCUUGUACAACAAGGAUGUAUUAAACCCCUAUGCGAUUUAUUGACUAUGAUGGACAAUAAAACCAUCCAAGUGGCCUUGGAUGCGAUCGAUAAUAUCCUGAAAAUUGGAGAACAAGAUCGUCUCGCCCGUGGGCCAGGAGCAUUCAACGAAUAUGCCAUUUAUGUCGAGGAUGCAGGAGGGAUGGUCACGAUACAUAACCUACAAACUCAUGAUAACAUGGAGAUCUACGGGAAAGCCUUCUAUAUCCUAGAGAACGUGG